AUACCAUUUGACCUUUCAGGGGCUCUUCAGCAGUAUUUAACUGGUGCAAAGGGAACACGCUUGUAAGUGCCUACAGUUGACAUGACAGAUUCUCCUGUUAGUUAACACAAUGUUCAAAAGGCAGAAGUCUCUUGCUUCGGAACGCAGGAGAGAAUUCUUUUCCCAAGGAGCCACACGGUCCAUAUUGAAGAAUGAGAUGAGAAAUUUUCACUCUUUGUCGCAAUUCAUACUCUCAGCAGGCCCUUUUAAACCAACCCUAGCAGUCAAACAUUCAAAAACUACGCACUUUGAGAUUGAAAUACUUGAUGCUCAAACAAGAAAACAGAUAUGCAUUGUGGAUAAGGUGACACAAACAUCUACUAUUCAUGAUGUCAAACAAAAAUUUCACAAAGUGUGUCCAAAGUGGUACCCUUCUCGAAUUGGUCUGCAGUUAGAAUGUGGUGGGCCUUUUUUGAAAGAUUACAUCACCAUUCAAAGUGUUGCAGCUUCCUCUAUUGUCACACUCUAUUUUACAGACCUAGGUCGACAAGUCAGUUGGACUACUGUAUUUUUGGCUGAAUACACAGGACCUCUGCUAAUAUACCUCCUCUUUUAUUUGAGAAUUCCAUGUAUUUAUGACGUGAGAGAGAGCUCUAGAAGAUUACGCCACCCAGUUGUACACUUGGCUUGCUUCUGCCAUUGUAUACACUACAUCCGAUACCUUUUGGAAACCUUAUUUGUUCAUAAAGUUUCUGCAGGACAAACACCUUUGAAAAAUUUAAUAAAGGGUUGUGCCUUUUACUGGGCAUUCACUUCUUGGAUUGCGUACUACAUUAAUCACCCCUGGUAUACACCACCAUCAUUUGGAAACAGGCAAGUCACAGUGGCUGCUAUCAAUUUUCUGAUUUGUGAAGCUGGGAAUCAUUUCAUCAAUGUAAUGUUGUCUCAUCCAAAUCACACAGGAAAUAAUGCCUGUUUUCCAAGCCCAAAUUAUAAUCCUUUCACAUGGAUGUUUUUCCUGGUCUCAUGUCCUAACUACACCUAUGAGAUUGGAUCAUGGGUUAGCUUCACUGUCAUGACACAAACAUUGCCAGUUGGAAUUUUUACACUUCUGAUGAGUAUCCAGAUGUCUUUGUGGGCACAAAAGAAACAUAAGAUUUAUCUGAAGAAAUUCAAUUUGUAUAUGCACAGGAAAUCAGCAAUGAUUCCAUUCAUAUUGUAAGGAAACAUAAGUAAUUUUAUUUCAUAUAUAAAAAGACAAAAUACAAGUUUACUAAACAUAACUGAGUCAAAUGGUUAUCUAUUAUGGUCAAAAAUUCAGGAACAACUGUAU